CGGCACAGCAGAUCAGGAGGAAGCCCACUUGAUUGUCCCAUCUAUGCCAUGUGAUUUUCCUUACAUCGACCCGGGGAAGAGUUCAGGCUUACAAAGCUUAAGGCAGAUUUACAUGAAGAAGCAAGGAAAAGGAAACACUGCCAGCAUCCCCAUUUCUUCCCCAACAGGGAGCAGCAAUGUGCAGGUCUACCAUGACUAUGAGAAGGUGGCCUUUAAGAUGCAUUCUGGAAAUGGUCAUGCUGCAGAAAACAUUUCUCAUCCCAGGAGAGACCGGCUCUCCAGCCGAGCUAGUGCCCACGUUCCAGACAUCAACUCCAUCAGCCACAAAGAAAAGCGCAGCACGAAAGAUGAGAUUGGCCACAGAAGCUUCAUGCGGAUGAUGGAGUCAAGCAGCCAGGGCUACUCGGGGCCAGAAGACAACUCAACAGACCCACAUGAGACCCUGACAGAGACUUCAACUCUGACCUUUGUGGAUGCAUGCACUACGGAGGAGUCAGCAGAGAGCCGCAGUCUCCACGGAGUGGGGAUGGUUUAUCUCAAGGAGUUUGUGCUCAUAGAUGAUGAUGAAGAUGGGGACAUGUCGCUAAGAGAGAAAACAGUGACAGACGUGUCCUUGAUGGAUGGAAAAGCUGCAGACCUGGUGUGCAGCAGGCUUUUGUCCACCUCCAGCGGUUCAGUGUCAGAGUGCAAGGAGGAGUCAUCUGCUCCUGACGCGCCUCCUCCUGAGGAGCCUGAAGCUGCACAUGAAAAGAAAAGCUGCUGUUUGUGCACACUUUUCUGACCCUUCAGGAUCUCACAGAUUUGAAAACCAGCACAGCUUUGUGUCCAUCAUAUGAACUGUGAUGCUGUCUGUGAUAGAAACCUGAGCAGUCACUCGUGGUAGGGGAAGCAGAAGAAGAUUACAUUCCUGACAUGCUUUUUUUAGCAACCAGCAAAACAUGUUCAAGUUCAAACACCAACCACUAAUGUGUUCAGUCAAACUGCUUUUUCAUUAUAAAUUUGAAAUGUAUGAAACAGUAUGGUGCAUUUGAUAAACUUACAGUAAGAAUGAUGAUCUGGAUUUUGAUACAUGCAUGUUUCUGCAAUAAAUGGCCGACUCUUGAAAUAUCAGG